GCUGUGAGCUCUCCCCUUUCGUUCCUCAUUUCCUUAUGUUUUGCGUUUCAGUAGUUUUUUCAGAGCAUGCUGACUCUUGGCUAUGGUGGUCUGUAUCCCCGUCUUACUUCUUGCUAUCACACCUUGCUUGUCGCUGGCCGUUCGGCUGCUGUUGGAUCUUGCGGCCGGGCGUUUUGCUGCCGUCGUUGGAUCUUGCUGUGGGGGCGGCACACACUGGCGGAUCUUGCUGCUUACGGGCGUUCUAUUGCUCCGAAUCAUGGACGGACUCCACUUGAAACUUGUGUGUGGAAAUGAAAUGCACGGCGGAAAACGUGGUGCUUGCAUUUGCGCUCACGAUCAGGCGCCUGUGUUUCACGAUGGCAUGAAGGGAUGGAGCUGCUGCAAGAAAAGGUCCCAUGAUUUCAGCUUGUUCUUAGACAUUCCAGGCUGUGCAACAGGGAAGCAUUCUUCGGAGAAACCGCCCAAGCCUGGCCCGAGUCCAAAUCGCUCGCUGAUCCCUUCAGUAACAGCUAAUAAAGCAGACGUAAAGGCGACUUGUUCAAGAUGUAGACAAGGCUUUUUUUGUCAAGAUCACACGCCUGUGCCAGGGGUUAAACCUACACCCAAAAGUGUGAAGCCUGUGCCAAAGGAACCUGAGAGACCUGUUGUGCCCGCACCGGUGGUGCUAAGUGCUCCAGUGGACCCAUUUCAAGAGCAGCUUUGCAAAAACAAAGGGUGCGGGAGAAAGUUCCGAGAGAUGGAUAAUCAUGACACUGCUUGCCAUUAUCAUCCAGGGCCUGCAAUUUUUCACGACAGGCUCAGAAAGUGGGUCUGCUGUGAUGUGGAAGUGAAGGAUUUUGAUGAAUUCCUCGAAGUCCCUCCGUGUCAGAAGGGUUGGCACAAUUCGAAUCCAACGGCAUGAGGCAGGCAGCUGUCCAGUAGGAGAAGAUCAUCUGUAUCGCGCCCUGCUUUUGUUCUAUCUAUUUGCAACUUUUUCCUCAUCUUUUCAUUCUUCUUGAGGUCUAUCUAUUUCUGAGGUAUUCUCACUGUUUCACAUCUUUUCCUUCUUCCCACUUCCCUUUCCUUUCUCUCACAUCCAACAGGUGAUGGGUCCCUCUCUGAAGUCCCUCUCUUUGCAUUUUCGACCUUUGGCUCUCAUAUUUUUGUAAUGUGUUUGACCCCUUGGCCAUCUACCUACCCGUUCAUAAUACCACAUUCACAAAGUAUCUUCCCACCCCUUUGCUUUGUGCUUACCAUGUCUUGGUUCUCACUUUGUUAUCCUAUCCUAGCACCCAUUUCUUCAAGCGCUUGCCCCGAUUU